AUGGCUGGGCGGCCGGAUGGCAUAAAAUAUGUCCGAGAAACUUCGAGGAUCACGGAUGAAUUUCGCGACCUUCGAGGAACUUCUACCAUUCAGCCCUGCACGAUGCGUUAUAAUAAAUUUGUUGCUCUGCUAGUCCCCUUCUCUGCUGCGGGGCCGGCCAACGCAAUUAAUAUUAUUUCCUCUAACGAUGAUGGUUGGGCUGAAGUGAAUAUCCGGGCCGUUUUCCAGACGCUUACUGCUGGUGGUCACUCAGUAGUGGUGGCUGCGCCGGCGGAGAAUCAGAGCGGAACCGGGUCCUCGCAGAAAAUGCCCACCACUCUCACUGAACCGUGUGAGUUCAAUAGCUGCCCGUCCGGCAGCCCAGCCGUGGGAUACAAUGCCUCACAGCCUCGUCUUAACUAUGUGAAUUCGUAUCCUGCAACCUCCAUGGAAUAUGGCAUCAGCUCCAUCGGCCCUCAGUUUUUCGGCGGUGCUCCUGAUCUUGCGGUCGCUGGCCCGAAUGUUGGCAACAAUAUUGGCCUAGCGGUAUUGCUAUCUGGCACCGCCGGAGCUGCCACCUAUGCUGCUCAUAAUGCUGGAAUACCAGCAAUUGCAUUUUCCGGAUAUACCGGCUCACAAACAGCCUGGAACGCUUCGGCGACCUUCCCACACUAUAGCCAAGUCUAUGCAGACCUUUCGCUUAACCUGACAAACCAUCUGGUCGCCUCCAGCAGACCUUAUCUCCCGAACGAUAUCUGGCUCAAUGUGAACUUUCCGUCGGUCUCUUCUGAAUGUAACACAGCGGCGGACUUUUCAUUCGUGCUAUCACGUAUUCAUGUUGCGGUGCCUCUUAUCACCCCUGAUGAUGUGACUACCUGUGGUAGUUCUCGGCUGCCGAGCGAGAUCGGGGUUUUUCUGAUCUCUGGAUGCUACGCAAGCGUAUCAGUGGGAAUGGCAGGUACUAAGGAAGACGCCAACGCCACCAUGCAGGGGGUAGUGCUGAAGAAAUUAAGCAGUUUACUUACCUGCCCGCCCUGA